ACCUACGCAUUCAAAAUCUGGUUUCUCAAAAACUCCCACGAAAUAUAUCUACAGCGAUGCUAUUAAUAUUUCAAUGAAGACAUAAAAUAAGUAGUUUUAUAAUUUAAUAUCAUUUUUAUCGGCUAUUUAAAUGAACUUAUAUAAAAAAAAGAACAUAAAAAAGCUUUCUAAUUGGGAUUUAAGUAUGAAAUUAAAGAGAAAUUCUCGUAUUAUAAAUACUAAUAUUCAAUAUCUGAUGUCGUGUCAUUUAGAACAAGUAUCGUAUCUACGCCUCCUUUUAAUUACACACAAACCAGUCUUGACACUUAAGAGAAUUUGAAAGUGAAGUAUUUUUUAACGCACGAAACAGAAUAUGAAACAACGUAUUUUAUUAUUCCUUUUGACGCUUGAAGCUUGUAAUUAAUUCUGUUUUAAGUAAACUCUAUUAAAAUAAACAAUUUUAUCAUUAGUUUUUUAAUACCGAACGAGAUAACGUCGAAACUAGCUGAGACUUAAAAAUAUAGAUUAUAAAUAAUGUUUAAUACGAAAAACGAGUUCGACGAUUCUAUAAAAUUGUCUAAAAAAGCAUGUCUGUUAUCUGGAAUAGCGAUAGGUGAAACGGAACGAAUGACUUUUUUAUUGAAAUUAUUAUAUUAUUUUAAUCUUCUCUGGCUGUACACUGACGUGAUUGGAGAAUUCUUUUGGUUGAUCGAAGGCAUCAAAUUGGGUAAAAGUCUCGACGAAUUGUCAAUGAUCGCUCCUUGCAGCACGAUAUGUUUACUGGCGACGGCGAAAUCACUACCGAUUUUAUUGAACAAAAGCACAUUGGAUUCAACGGUUGAUAAGUUGCGGAACAUGCAUCCGAAUUCGUCAAAUAAAACGGAGAGUAAGGACGAAAGGUUUGAAAGGGAAGUCGUGAGAGAAUCGUUAAUAUUUCUGAAUUCCGUAAUCAUUUUUAUGUACGUUUGCUGUGCGGUGGUCGUCGUUAUUUUCUCGACUCUACCACUCAUGUUGAUGUCAUAUGAUUACUAUUACAAAGGAGAAACUGAUUUGAAGUUACCGUUUCUAAUUAAGUAUUUCUUUGACGCCUACGCCAAUACGAAAAUUUGGGGAUUUGUGUACAUCCACCAGGUUUGGUCUACUACCAAUGUUUGUAUGAACAUAUUUGCGACAGAUACAUUUUUCUACGUAUUCUGUACAUACAUACGGAUGCAUUUCCGGAUACUCGGCUAUCAUUUCGAAAACGUCGUUUGCGCUUCACACGAUCAGACGAGACGGAAAAUGCGCAAAUGCAUACUGAGACAUCAGGAAUUGAUUGAAUUGGUAAAUCAACUCGAGACAUUGUAUUCGAAAUCGGCUCUAUUCAAUAUACUAAGUAGUUCCCUUUUAAUAUGCUUAAGUGGAUUCAAUAUAACGAUCGUAGCUAAGACCAGCGCCAUACUGGCGUUCAUACCGUUCCUCGUAGUCAGCCUGACGCAGAUUUCUCUCACAUGCUUCUACGGAGAUAUGCUAAUGGCUUCGAGUACUAAGAUGUGUGACGCGGUAUACAAUUGCCGAUGGUACGACGCCUCGCCAGACAUCAAGAAAAGUGUAUUCCUCGUGCUAUUUAGAGCAAGCAAACCUUGCAAGGUGACUGCGGCUAAAUUCGCAGUGCUUAACUUGAGCGCAUUUACGACGAUAUUAAGCCGAUCGUGGUCAUAUUUCGCUCUGCUGAAGACAAUGUAUGAUUGAAUAUUAUUUUUUAUUGUAACUUUAUUAUGUCUAUUUUGUUAAUCAUUGCACAC